AUGCCAAUAACAAGCCUCACCUCCGUCCUCCGCCAAUUCCACCCCCACACAGCCCAAGACCGCCUAACACUGGCCCUCAGCGCCGCAGCACUAGUCGUCUCAACCCUCAUCCUCCCCGCCGCUUACCGCGACUACAAACUCUUCAAAUCCUACGGCCCGGGCGGGAUCCCGAAUAACGCGCUAGGAUGGGUUCUCGUGCGCGCUCUGUUCCAGCCGUUCGGACGCGAGAUGUUCAGCACGGACGAGUACGUGAGACGCAUUGCGGCAGCUGAGGGUCACGGGAAGGGAAAUGAUGGAUUUUUAUCUUUAUCCGAGGAACAGCUGGGGAGUCGACGUGGGGAAGAGAGACCUGUUAUCGGACCGCAUGUUGUACCGCAGCGGCAGUUGACGCAGGUACCAGAUGAGGCUGUUAUGGAGAAAUUCCGGAUUGCGUUCAGUGCGUUCGGACAUCGGAAUUAUCAUCUCGUUAAAUUUCAGAAGUCGAAUCUCGAACGACAUGCGGAUGGGCUCUUUGUUGCGGAUCAUAUUCCUGUCUUUGGGAUUGCGGAAACUAUGAAGCGUGAGAUUGCGCAUGUUCAUUCGGGAAAUGAUCACUCGGUUCAUGUGCUUCUUGCGCCUGCUGAUUGCAUCAAGAUUAUUGAGGCUGGUUGGGGCCAGCGUCAUGCUUUCUCGGGUGCACCUGCGAUGACGUUUCUUUCGCUAGGCACGAGGCCUGAUAUCCCGGCGGAGUAUGUUUUGAUCUAUGCGCCGCGGACGGAAGCGGAGAUCGAGAUCGUUAUGCAGAUUGUUUCGGCAGGUGUCGAGUUUAUGACGGGGAGGGAGGAUGUGCGGUAG